UCGUAUCAACGAUAUAUGUUGGUAAGAAAAGAAGCAACCAAAAACAGACAGGAAAUAAUAUUCUACCUACCCGAAUGCGCCUAGAACCAUUCACUGGCGGCGCUAGAGUUGUUGAGGUCGUGAGACAGACAGGCUAAAAAUACAAUCAGAUGAAGUCAUACACAAACGCGUCAACGAAUAAACAGAAAAACGCCAAAUUAAAGUCGUGAAAAAAAUUUCGUUUACAAAUCAACAGCAACACUUGUUUAGUGGAGUGGAAGUGGUUGAAUUAAUCGUGCACAGUGAAAUUGACGACCGUGGGAAUCCCCGGAGGGAAAUCGCAGAUUUGACGUGAAAAGGAAACAUUCAACGAGUAGAAUAGCAUUUUUACAGCCAAAACCUUAACCAUCCAGGAGAAUUGGACAUUUGAAAUCAGGUGCUUCUAAGGUCGUGGCAGCACAUUCAUAAAUAUCAACAUGAGUAAACAAGCUCCGCCAUCGUACGGUUUCGCGGUGCCUCCACAAUCGGCCCCGCCCAGUUACGCACAAGCCGUUGGAGGUGUUCCUCCGGCAAGUCCCUUUACGCCCAACAUGCCGCAGCAAAGCGGUGGCCCAACCAUCAUCACAACCGUAGUCCCAGUUGGACCAGCCUCAACGCACAUGAUCUGUCCCAGUUGCCAUGCCGAGAUCAACUCGCAGACGACUACUUCCCCUGGUCUCAUUGCUUACGUUUCCGGAUUUCUGAUUGCUCUGUUUGGCUGCUGGCUAGGAUGCUGUCUUAUUCCAUGCUGUAUCGAUGAGUGUAUGGACGUACAUCACACUUGUCCUAACUGUAAGGCCUAUCUUGGACGACAUCGACGAUAAGCGACGAACAUUCAGCUUCGAACACUGAUCGAAUCUCUGCCACAUUUCUUCAAUGCUACAUGGUUCACAGUAAAUGUCUUAAGCAAAUGGAAACCACUAUAACAAAUAUUUGUAACAGAUACCAUGUCGCAUUAGCCAGAACGAUAGGAUGUAAUUGUGGAAACAUCACUUAACAUGCAAUGGAACGAUAGGAAUAAUAUUAGUAACGAAUAUCUGAAACCGUUGCCGUUAUGAUCGUAAGUUAUUUUGAAAAUUCGACACAUUACGUUUUCGUUAUGCUUCAAAAAUAGUGCAGUGCAUGUGACUGUAGCUACCCUCGAUGGUAUGUACAUUUUCAAGUAGCUUUCGAUUUAGGGCCUAAAAUGAGCUUAAUUCAUGUAAUGAUCCUUAUAUUUCUCGAGGCGUAAUCAAAAUUUUAUUUGUGAAACACUACAUUUGAGCAGCAUCGGUUGCCGAUACAAACCCAUAUGCUUUAAAUCACCCUUGAUGAGAUUUUAACUUCAGACUAAUGGUUUUAUCAUGGACGGGACUCCAAUUUGGUAAAUACAACAGCAUCACAUCAAUCUAAAAUAGAACUGCUUGAAACAUUUUUUUAAUCAACUUGAUGGUUUUUAAGAAUAUACACUUAACAUUGAUAAUCGUAGUUGUGUAAUUGUUAAAGUGUUCGAGAACAGUCACAUUACAAUAAACCAAAAAUAAUUUUAAUGUAGA